AUGAAUUCCACCAAAACGGCCACGGUCCAGCAGCGGGUUCUGAGUAAGAUCGUCGAAGAGGAUCCACCAAGUGCGCUGCUGGCGAAGGUUCCACCUCCGAGGCCUGCGAUCGGCGAGGUUCAGCAGCCGGCCAGCAGCGAGGGACGUGACCAGCUGCGCCACUGUUUCGUUCCGGCCGACGAGAACGGAUGUCUUGGGCUUCACCUGAGCCGCACACCCUGGGAUCCGUAUCCGUGGGUGAGCGGAAUCGUCGGGGGUUCGUGCGCCGAUCUGGCCGGUGUCCGGGUCGGGGACUGUGUGCUGGAGGCGAACGGGGAGGACCUGCUCGGGCUGAAGGUGGUGGACAUCGCGAAGCGGGUCCGUAGUCGCCGUGUUUCCCGCACGUCCCCGGCCGGCGUCGGUCUUCUGCUCUGGAACUCGGGCUUCGAAAAAAAUAGCCUCAACCCGCAGUCCCUGUCACGCUUCGCCAACUGCCUCCAGGGCAUCGCCGGACUGCUCGAGUGCCCGAUUUGUCUGGAGAUCAUCCGGCCACCGUCGUGGCAGUGCAACCACGGCCAUCUAAUUUGCUCGGGGUGCCGCUCCAAGACGACCAAGUGCCCGAUUUGCCGGGAGGUGCUGGGCCGCGGACGGUGCAUCGUGGCCGACAAGCUGUUUCACUAUCUCGUGCAAACGCUGGGACAUGAAGCCGACCAGCACCAUCGACCCCCGAUGGAUCCGAAAUCCCCGGCCAGCGUCAGUCGAAGGCUCCCACUAAUGCUGCGGGAGUUCCAGCGUCAGCCGACCCCGGACCUGCAUCAGCCACACAAACACGCAUUCAAAUUGAAAGCAAACACCGGCCCUAAUGGGACCCCGCCAGCAUUAUCAACCCACCCCUCGUCCUCGCCUUCGUCCCCCUCGUCAUCGUCGUCAUUGUCGUUCCACUGCCCAUCCGGUCAGCCGUGUCCGCGGAUGAAAAGUCAACAUGACAUUCUGAUUCACCUGCAGAAGGCGCACCAGACGAGCGUCGUCCAGUACUACGUCACUGCGGGCGAUACGGUGGACGUGGCUCUCACGGACGCCGGUGGAAGCUCGCUGCCCUGCGUCGUGCUGCUCCCGACGCCCUCCGGCAAGGCCACCCCGAACGGUGAGCCCUCCGCGGAGGAGUCCCGCUCGAGCCGGAACCAGUUGUUUUUCGUCACCAAAUUCCGACCCCUGGAACAGCCGGCCGAGACCCUUUGCUGGCUGUGGCAUCUGAGCGAUGACCUCCAAAGUGGUAGCUUCCAGGUACAGCUGCUUGACGAUCGGCAGCAAACUAGCGGAGGAUCCUCCUGGCAGGGUCGACCGGUUCCGCUGGAGUGGGGCUGCCAGGAGGUACUGAGGAGCAAGCGGUACGCCCGUUUGGGUGGCGAUACGCGUACCCUGCGGGUUCGAAUAAUGCUCGAAAGUACCGAUCGAACUGGCAGUGAGUGA